ACCUCGUUCUGAAUGGCUUUUGGGCAUAUAUUUUAUAUCAAUAUUCAUUCAAUAUGCGUAUCCUUUGUCUCCAUGGUGCUGGCACCAACUCCGAGAUCUUUAAAAUCCAGCUUGGUCCUGUAAUUCACCAUCUCCUUCAAGAUGAUCCAACACUUUCGUUCGAGUUUUACGAUGCAGAAGUAGAAUGCCCUCCUGCUCAAGGCAUCGAAGCAUUAUCCGAGGGACCUUUUUACCAAUGGUACUUAUGGGACCAUUUACAGAAGAUCCCACCGGCCCAAACCGCUACCAACGCGAUCGACAACGUCCUCGACAUAAUAGCAGAAGAAGGCCCCUUCGACGGUGUAGUCGGCUUCUCCCAAGGCGCAGCCAUAACAGCAUCUGUGCUCGCACACUACUCCAAAAAGAACCCACUCGAGCCCCAGACCAACUUAUUUAAGUUUGCAAUGUUUAUCUGCGGCUCUAAGCCCUUUACGUACGAUGGCAUGAAUCGUAUAGAUCAGUGCGGCAAGCCUGUUGUUCAGAUACCUACGGCGCAUGUAGUGGGCAAGAAGGAUCAAUGGUAUAAAGAGAGCCUGGGGUUAUUUGCGCUUUGUGAUGCUCACUCUGCCAAGAUUUAUGACCAUGGGCAGGGGCAUUCGUUGCCAGUCAAUCCUCAGACGACAGGGAUUGUGGCGCAGAUGUUUAAGAUUUUGAGUGCGAAGGCAAAUUUUGCUUGUUGAUAGAUUUCUCGGGUUGGUUAGAAGUACGAUUACAUGCCGUGUGACCUUGCCUCUCAGGGUACUGAUCAAUAAUUGAUGUAAAAGCUCUCGGAUCAACGGAAACAUGACAUCAUGGGGUCACCGGGCUGUGAAUAGUUGCUGCUAUAGAAGCUUGUAGUUCCUUUAGGACAACGUCAACUAAGACUGUUUAGUGAGCAGCGUCAAAGGAACCGUGGAUUGCCCAGUGGAUAGUAAAUUCUCUUGUCACGGCAAGAAUCAGUAUGUGAAUUGUACUGUUAAUGCCAAAGUUAA